CGAACCUUCAGUUUACUAUCGUAAGCUCACUCGGACAGGUGAGCGCCGCGCGUUCGCGGCCGAUCGGCCAAUGACACGAAAAUUCGAUAGACUCGAUACUUUUAUUUCGUCAUAAUCAAAGAAAUUUAAUUUUAUCAAUUCGUUAUACCUGUAUUAGAUUCAAGAAUUACAAUCAACGUUACGUGCGAAAAGGAUCAUCUCAAAACAGUUUCAUUCGUUCAAUUAAAUCGUGAACACUUUUUUUCGUUUAUUGUGACUUAACAAUAUGGGUUUGUGAGGAUUCCGUUUUAAACUUGAUCUAUUUUAAAUGCGGGGAUUAAUGCUUCAUUUAAUUUUGAUUCUCGUAACUGUUCAUGUCAGCAAUUUGAGCGAUUAAAUUAUGAUGGACUCAUCAAUUUCUGUCAUUAUGCAGUGAAAUAACGAUAUGGUAAUUAUGUGAAAACAAAUAUCAUUAACUGAGUAUUUCAUUGAUAAUUUAGUGUAAAAAGGUGGUAACAAUAAUGAAUUAAUUAACUCAAUUUAAUUCGUGAAAUAUGUAGUUUAGUCGGACAAGUGUAUAAACACAUUUUCUGCGCUUAAGUCAUUACGCUAACGUUAGCGCCAACAACGUGUUGCGGUAAAACGACUGUGUGAAAUAAGACAUUCAUUUUCAUACUAAAUCAAUUUAUGUUUCCGCCAUUAAAAUAUACGUAUGAACAUUUGGAGCGUCAAGAAUUGAUUUAAUUGUGGGACAUUCUGUGCAAGGGAAAUCAUGUCAAUUAUAAGUCUUGCUCGACCAGAUGACGUCGAAUAAGCAAACGGCAUCAACCUUCUGGCUUUUACGAUCGUAUAAAAGAAGCCGUUUUAAAAUAGAAUUGUUAUAUUUUAUAUUCGGAUAUUUGUUAAUAUGUUCGGCUAGAAAUAAUCCUCCUAGAUUUCUCAUAGAUGGACAAACAGAAAUCGUUCUCAGAUUGAAGGAAGGGCCUGAAACGCCAAUUGGCAGCCUAAUUUACAGACUCCGAGGCAUCGACACAGACGGUGAUAUUCUGACUUUUGGUGUUCGAGAUCAGCCUGGUAGUGAUGUAAUUCGAGUCGAAAAUGUUGGCCUAACUGAAGCGAACAUUUAUUUAAAUAAAUUUCUGGAUAGAGAGACAAAAGACGAGUAUGCUCUCGUAUUAACGUUGACGGAUGGAAGAUUGGGAGAAGGAAACUUUAUCACGCAAAGUCUUUUGCUUCUGGUUGAAGACAUAAACGAUAAUGUACCAAUUUUUCGACCACAUCCAACCUCAUUAACACUUCGAGAGGAUUCGCGUCCAAGUGAUUUAACAACGGUGGAAGCUACUGAUGCCGAUUUAGGUGCUCACGGUCAAGUAGUAUAUUACCUUCAAGAAUUGGAUGGCGAUAACAACAUUUUCAGCAUAGCGACUAUUAAUGGCAAAGGUGUUAUAAAAUUGAUUGGCUCUUUGGAUUACGAACGAAAGUAUCUGUAUCAACUGCGAAUCUUGGCCGUGGAUCGCGCAAUAAAUGAAAAGGUAAAUACAGGAACGACCGCGAUUUUGAUCAAGGUUCAGGAUGUGGAGGAUCAACCGCCAGAAUUCAUAGCCAUGACGCCUGUCGCAAGGAUCAGUGAAAACGUUAAGAUUGGCACAUCUGUUUUACAAGUUCGUGCAGUAGACGGUGACAAGGGAUAUAAAUAACAAAGUGACGUAUAGUAUCACAAGGGACCGAGGUAUCUGUUUGAUAUUGAUGCGACUUCCGGUCUCGUGUUUACUAGAGCACAAUUGGACAGAGAGGCUGAGGAGAAUAGCGAUGGCACUUUUAUCUUAGAAAUCACGGUAAAAGAAGUGUCGAAAAUUAAUCCACCGCCUUCAGUUAGUACCGAGGUGACCAUUAUUCUUACUGAUGUAAAUGAUGAAACGCCAACAUUUCGAAGUAAACAAUAUUAUGCUGAGAUAAAUGAGAACGCGCCACAAAAUACACCCGUCAAUUUUAUUGGCGAUGCUGUACCAGAAGUUUUCGAUCAUGACUUGGGUUCUAAUGGCACGUUUCAAAUUUUUAUCGAAGGCGAUGGUGGAAUAUUUGAUGUGACACCUUUUCGUGGGAUUAAUGAAGCACCAUUUUUAAUACGUGUUAAAAAUUCGAGUAAACUCGACUUUGAAAACAUAUCAGUGGUAAACUUCACACUCGUCGCAAAAGAAAUCUUGCCAAUUUCGCCAAAAUACAGCGCGGUACCAGUUACUGUUUUUAUAAAGGAUCAAAAUGACAAUUAUCCCGAAUUCACGGAAAAUGUCUAUGAGGUCUCAAUACCGGAAAAUUGUGCUAAGGGAACUACCGUGGCUUGGGUACAAGCUUUAGAUGAAGACAGCGGUAACUUUGGAACACAUGGAAUACGAUAUACGACUUUAGGUGGCAGCAUUGCACAUGUAUUGGCAAUGGAUCCUCUCACCGGUAUAAUAACAGUUAAACAUCCUGGAGCUAGUUUUGAUCGCGAAUUAGUAGCCCGACAUUAUCUCACAGUUGAAGCUCGAGAUGAUCUUGGAAAAGGAAAUCGCAACGCUGCGCAAUUGAUAGUCAAUGUUAACGAUGUUAAUGACAAUGCGCCUAUAUUUUUGCAAAAUAAAUAUGAAGCUGUAUUGUUGGAGAACGAGAAUCAUUUUGAGUCGCCUCUGAUUGUCGAAGCAUCCGACAACGAUUUAAAUGGUACGCUAAACAGUGAAAUAACUUAUGCAUUGGUAUCAAGUGAAUUCUCUCGAAAUUUUACAAUCCAUCCAAAACGUGGCAUUGUGACACCCUUCCGUCCUUUGGAUUACGAAGCAUUACCUAUCAAUCAGGGACACAAGGAAAAAAUUAUACGCCAACUGAAAUUGACAGUUAGAGCGAAAGAUGCGGGCACACCGAGUUUAACUUCUGACGUGCCUCUAAUUAUUUAUUUGAAAGAUGUUAAUGAUAAUGCGCCAGUUUUCGAAAGAAGUGUGUAUAGAAGAGGUAUAGCUGAGGAUUUACCGGGCGGUACGAGUGUUAUACAGGUAAAGGCUUGGGACAAAGAUUUAUCGUCACCCAAUAAUAAGUUAGUUUAUCGAAUUCAAAGCGGUGCCGAAGACAAAUUUGUUAUUAGUCCCGAAACAGGCGUAAUUAGAGUGGCACCAGGCUCGAAUCUAGAUCCGGAUCUCACGUCACCGAAAACAACAAUGUAUAACUUGAAUGUUAUCGCUAUCGACAGCGGUACGGAAAUUCAACGAACGGCCGAAGUUCUCGUUAACAUAACGAUUUUAGAUGUUAAUAAUAAACCGCCUCUUUUUAUUGAUCCUGGAACUGUGACUAUCAGAGAAAACACUCAGGUCGGUGCGUACGUUCAUCGUAUAAUGGCGCAAGAUCCGGAUGUAGCUCCUAAUUUACGUUAUCGCGUGGAUCCUAAUUCAUCAGAGGCACGAAACGAGGAAGGCACUUUAAUCAAGAUACAGGAAUAUGACUAUUUAGCAGCAUUGGAAUUAAAUCCGUUGGAUGGUCUGUUGCGCAUAGUAAAAUUGUUAGACAGGGAGAGAGUAGAAACUAUUAGACUAGGACUUGUGGUUGAAGAUUUGGCUGCAGUAAGAGGCUUGCAAACUGCAUCCGCCAUGCUGAAUAUAAUUAUCGAGGAUGAGAACGAUAAUAAUCCAAAAUUCCGAAGACCUUUUUAUAGACGCUCCGUUACCGAAAACAGUAAAAAUGGAAUUAAUAUUGUAAACAUCGUUGCGGAUGAUGCUGAUAAAAAUCGCAGCAUUACCUAUUCCCUACAAGGACCGAAAGAGAUCACUGAUCUCGUGUAUCUAGAUCCUGAAACCGGAGAGAUGGUUGUUGCUAACAAAAUUGAUAGAGAAAUGUAUUCAUGGUUGAACUUGACCGUUAAGGCAACAGAUUCUGGAAUUCCACCUCGGUCAAGUUUAUCGGAAGUAUAUGUUCAAGUACUAGAUGAGAAUGACAAUAAUCCGUAUUUCGUAUCAAAUGUCAGUAGUGUAACUGUCAUGGAGAAUUCGAAAAUUGGCACGGAAAUCACUGUCAUACAAGCAGCAGAUUCCGAUAGCGGAGAUUAUGCAAAAAUUACUUAUCUCUUAGAUAGGAUAUCAUCCCAGGGGACUUUUGCUAUCCAUCCUGAAACCGGUUCAUUGACAGUGGCUGACGUUUUGGAUUGGGAGACUAAACAUAAUUAUGUUCUAGUUAUAGAGGCUUGGGAUAAUUAUCAAUUUGGUUAUACUGCGGGAGAAUCUCGAAAUGCAUUCAAACAAAUUCAAGUUACGGUCAUUGAUGUAAAUGACAAUGCUCCAAAGAUGGAUAUACCUCAAAGUUGCGUCUCAAUAUCAGAAUUUCAUGACAUUCGUGAUUUAGUUUACGUCAUAAAAGCGAAGGAUGCUGAUGAUCCGACAACGCCAAAUGGACGUGUCAUAAUUAGAAUCAUUUCUGGCAAUGAACAAGGUUUAUUCAUAUUGGAACAAACUGAUUAUUGGACGGCAAAAAUAAAAGCUGCGCGACCAUUAAGAGGCAAAUUUGGAAAUUACACAUUAAAUAUUGAAGCGCACGACCUGGGAAUACCAACGAAUAAGAAUAAUGAAAUUUUGAAAAUCUGCGUCACGGAUUAUAAUGAUAAUCCUCCUUUGUUCGUCAGUCCUCAACAUAAUACCACCAUUCGAGUUCCAGAGAACAUAACAGUAGGAAGUUCGAUUAUUCAAAUCGGCAAAGAUGCUGAUACGGGAUUAAAUGGCGAUGUUCAUUAUCGUUUAAAGCAAGAUCUUGCGGGACAUUGGAGAACCUUUCACAUUGACGAAAAAAGUGGUAUAAUAUCUUUAAAGUUAUCGCUCGACAGAGAAACUCAGAAAUUGUACGAGAUACGAGUCGAAGCAUACGAUCUGGGUACUCCAACGCCAUUAAGUUCAGAUCUUGAUUUAAUUAUUUAUGUGCGUAAUAUCAACGAUUUUGAGCCACAAUUUUUAGUGAACGUUUUUAAUGUAAACUUUACGGAGGAACAACCUCCUGGAUCGCAAAUGAUAUUACUUCCAGAAACAAUUGACAGAGACGAAGUUGACGAUUUAGACGAUCCUCCUACACAAGUUUGUUACUUCAUAGUUUAUGGGAAUGAAAACGGAUUGUUCGCUUUAGAUAUCUACAAGCACGAGCUAAGCACUGCCAAGAUGCUGGACAGAGAGCAACAAGAAGAACAUAUAUUACUUGUUAAAGCGACAGAAGAUUGCGAAACUGUUCCGGACAACGAAUUGAUAUUUGACGAAGCUGAUGAUACCUUAUUACAAGUUGUCAUAAAGGUUGAUGAUGUCAAUGACAAUGCACCGCGAUUUAUUAAUAAAGUUUUUACGGGUGGUGUCACUACCGAAGCCGAUUUUGGCACGCAAUUUAUGCACGUAAAGGCAAUUGAUUUGGAUGCUGGUGACAAUGCUGUACUCGGUUAUUAUCAAGUAGGAAAAAUUCACAUGACAUUAACUGAAGGCUUCGAAGAUAUGCAAUUACAACCUUUUCUUGUGAAUAAAGAUACUGGAGCAGUAAGUUUGAAUUUCGAUCCUCAACGUGGGAUGAAGGGCUACUUUGAUUUUAUGAUACUCGUUAACGACACCUAUGGCUUACAAGAUACUGCGAGGGUUUUCAUUUAUUUAUUACGGGAGGAUCAACGAGUUCGUUUUGUUCUUCGUCAACAUCCGCCAGAAGUGAGAAGUCGAAUUGAGACAUUCCGAGAAAUUCUAGGUAAUGUCACUAGUGCUAUUAUUAAUGUUGACGAAUUCAAAGUGCACGAAAAUCAGGAUGGUUCCGUAGAUAGAACAAAAACAGAUUUAUACUUGCACCUCGUGAAUCGACGAGACAAUUCGAUCCUCGAGGUAUCCGAGGUGCUCGAGUUGGUUGACAGAAAUAUUGAGAAACUGGACAAUUUAUUCAAAGAGUUCAAUGUCCUCGACACGCAGCCGGCAAAGUCUCAGCCACUCAUUCAGUAUGAACAAGCAGCAACGACUUUCUGGCUUCUCACAUUGACCCUGUUCCUAGGAGCUCUAUUGAUUCUGUGCGUCGCCCUAUGCUUGUCUCAAAGAGCGUCUUUUCGAAGGCAACUGAAAGCGGCGAACGCAUCACCGUUUGGUACAUCGGAAUCCGAUUUUAUGCGAAAUCCUGGUCGUGUUCCGAAUACAAAUAAACAUAGUAUGGAAGGAUCAAAUCCCAUAUGGAUGCACGCUUAUGAAAAUGAGUGGUUCAAGAACGACGAAUCAUUCAGCCAUACAUCCGAAAGAGAUUCUCUCGACGAGAACGCGCUUAAUAACGAAGAGAUGAUGAAUGAAGCUAAUACGAACCAAAGAGCCGAAGAUAAACCAUAUUACAUAGAGCCAAGAGUUUCAACUAUUUCUAGAAUGCCCCUCGUAGAAGCAUGGUUCAAAGUGUGGGUUUAUUUUGGGCUCAUUUACGGUUGGAGCGAAAGUGCUCGACCACGCUUUGACACAUCUACAGAUAUGGGAUUGGUAUUGGUUCCAGCCGAUGCUGAAGUCGAUUCCGUAAUCUUUCGAUUACGCGCCACCGAUCAGGACGCGGACUUUCCUCUCGUAUUCGAAAUAACUGCAACAAUUACACCAGUUGUAAGAAUCGACAACCUGCCAUGUACGCUGUACAACAAGGUCUGCCAAGCCAAUGUAAUUUUAACAAAACGCCUUAUGCCCGGGCGUCUUCACGAUUUUGCAGUCAGAGUUCGGGAUACUAAAGGAGAUUCAAAUUCGAUGCAAGCUACCAUUUCUGCGACAAAUGCUACGACGUCGCGUGAUAAAAUAUUUCCUCACAUUCCUUCUCUAAUAAUGGUGCCUGAAGAUACUAAACCAGGCAAGGAACUAGAUUAUCUUCUCGUACGAGCGAAUUCUUGGAGCGGCAAGCCUGUUUAUAUCGAAUUAUGGCAACCGAAAGAACUUUUUACUAUACGACAGCGACAAACACCAACGCAAACGCGCGGAGCUAUUACGUUAAUAGGUGAAUUAGAUUUCGAAACGCAAUCAAUGUAUACCCUCACCAUUUACGCGACGGAUCCUUACACGGAACCUGGGAAAGACACUAGAAAUAUUGCAGGCUUAAAUAUUGUUAUUAUAGUUCAAGAUGUACAGGACGUACCACCAAUUUUUACUUUAGCACCACCUUUAACUAGACUUAAUAAUUCUGUGCAAGUUGGAGAUGUAAUAUUACGAGUUCACGCGGAAGAUGGAGAUAAAGGGGUGCCACGUGAAAUCACAUAUGGUUUAGUAUCCGAAGGCAAUCCUUUCAUACCAUUUUUUAAUAUCUCCGAAACAACUGGUGAGAUUGUCCUCGCUAAGCCUUUAGAAGAACUCACGCAAAUUACUCACAUUGGUGCACCGGUCGUACUUACCGUGGUAGCUGAAGAAAUACGAAGAUCUAGAGACGAGCCGCCAGCACAGGCGACAGUUGUCGAAGUCGGAUUCCUUCUUGGAGAACCCGGCAAUAAUCCGCCAUAUUUUGGAAAUAAUAAGUUGGUACCGAAAGAUUUUAACGACAAGCACGUAAAAGCCGAAGUAACGUUUUUUCAUGAAUGCUCGAUUUAAUUUCUGACAAAUAAAAUUAUGACUUUUUCCUAUUACAUCCUUGUAUUUGCAUUAAAAUAUAACAAUGGCACUUUUGAAAUAAAUCCGACUGUUGCUGAACGUUCGGCGGACUUUAAUAUCACAGUACGAGAUAAAAUCAUCGAUUACGAGAUGUAUAAAAGUUUAUCCUUUAAGAUUGUUGCUCAAGAGGUUGGUCCAGCGACAAAUCUAUCAGAAGCAGCAGUCAUAAUAUUUAUAGAAGAUGUUAAUGAUAAUCCACCGAUAUUCGACGAAGAAUCUUACGAAGUUACACUGUCCGAAAAUGUCACCAUUGGAACACGAGUCAUCCAAGUUCACGCAACUGACAAAGAUACCGGUCUCUUUGGCAGCAUUCAAUACAUAGGCAUAACAGGACAAGGAAGUGACGCCUUUGGAAUAGAUCCCGAUACAGGUUUAAUUACAGUGACAAUGGGAUCAUUUCUAGAUCGCGAAAUAGCAGCACAAUUGCGAUUAACUGUAAUUGCGUGCGACGAGAACGGUAAAGGUAAUACGGGAGUAGUACCUUUAAUUGUCAAUUUGCUGGACGUGAAUGACAAUGCACCGAUUUUUGAGAAAAAUCCUUACAAAUUUACAUUAAAUGCCGAUUUGACAAAUUUCACAGCACCAGCUAUCAUAAAAGCCACCGACGCUGAUGCCGAACCACCGAACAAUGAAAUUCGUUACGAAUUAAUUCAAGGAAAUUAUGAAAAUAAAUUUUAUCUAAAUGAAAUUACCGGAGAAUUGAUAUUACGUUCGCCUAUCACAAAAUUCAGACGAAAGAAACAAAGCGGUUACGACAAGUUUUCGAAAAAAUUACAUAAAGAAUUUUCACCAUUGGAACACACGAUGCAAGAAAAUGAAUCGAGAACAACAAUAUUGCCGGAUUCAAUAAACUCAACGGAAAAUUUUCGAAACGAAACUGAAUUAAAACAUAAAGACGAAAUAAGGAAACAUCGAAGAAGACGAGCGGAAACUGAUAUUCUAUACUCUUUAACUGCCAGAGCAUACGAUCUCGGCGUACCUCAUUUAGCGAGCGAGACGGAGAUUUUCAUCGUCAGGGGAACUGCCAUGGAAGCUCGCAUAAUGAUGUUUGUAGUGCCAGGAGAACAUCCAAAUUUAAAGACGACCGCUGAGACAUUAGCUACUAUCACAGGUGGACGAAUUACCGUAUUAGAGACACGACCUUACGUGCCGGAUAAUAAACCCGGCGUUACAGAAAAUGCUGUAUCGAUGGAAGGAAAAAGAACGAUCGUGAUAGCUCGUGUUGAACAAACCGAAGUCGGCACACCCUUGGUAGAUGUAGAAAGAAUUCGCAAUACAUUAGCUGCGAAUGGGGUAGGAAUUAUCGGCGGUACAGGCACUACCAACGUAUCUAUGACAUAUAACGACGAGACUACCACGAAACUGCCAAUCGAUGGAGUAAUUCACAAAGGGGGAGAUAAUACGCGGUCCUACGCAAACAACACAAUCACCAACGAGGAAGUAACGGUGUAUAAAGCUGAGAAUAAAUUGCUCUUUUGGCUACUGAUUAUUCUGGGUUUGCUGAUGCUGUUGGCAAUAGCAGCACUUAUUAUCUGCUGCAUUUGUCCAGGUUGUCCGUUUUACAUGGCACCCAGAAAGCGCAGGGUACACUCGUCAGAAACGCUUAUCGCUCGACCUAAUGGUCGACCAAAACGGCAUCUUCAUCGGAAACCAAUGGCUACAAUCGAGAGUAAUUGGAAAAAGCAAGCUUGGAGCGCAGAUCCGGCCCGAAGAAACUGGCAAUUUAAUCGUCGAAACGCCAAGAAUGGUGGCUUAGCAUCGCUUCCUGGGGACGUUGUGUAUAUUUCGGAACGUCCUCCCAUUGAUCAAGCAAAUGUAGACUCACUGAGGCUACGUGAUGGCCCGUCCUACGAUCCUUCAAGAAGGAGAAGAAUUGAGGAGCAGGAGAAAAUGUAUGUGGAAGAUGUCGAGGAAAGGAUUAGAGAUUAUGAUGCUAUGGAUGCAGAUUCCUUACAACGACAUGAAAUCGAAGGUGGUUCGGACAUUCUGCAUCAAGUUUACAGACAAAGAUAUGCCGAUCCUGAGUUUAAUAACGAGCCGACAGUAAGAGAGCAACACUUUUAUCGCGAAGGGAACGCAGAGGUGUUGCAAUUAGUAACUCGAGGACAAGUGGAAGAUACGAGUCAGCAUCAUUAUCCGACGACUUUUAUAAUAGACGGCAAGGAUGUACUUCUGCAACGAUUUAUGCGGGAUCAGAAAACGCGGCAAGAACAGUCAAUGCAGGAACCCGAGAUGCUACGCACAGUCGAGUCUCAUCAACAUCCGAGAAAUGUAUAUCAACAUAAGCAGGAGAUUCUUCUGCUACCGGAAGAAUUGGAAAUUGUUAGACGUCGACGAGCGGACGAAUUGGAUUCUAAGACGCAAAAAUUGGCGAUGGAUGAUGAAUAUGCGGCGCAGAAAAUGGAUUUGGAAUCACAAAUGCGAGACAUUCAUCGUCAAGAGAUCUCGAUAAAUAUGCCCGAGAUGUUGGAUAAAACGUCGGUCUCCAAGGAUCAAAUGAAAUCUACAACGAUGCAAUCGCACGCGUUUCAUGAUCUGGAGCUGGCGAGACAGAACGUCUUGCUGACACGAUUACUUCUCGAGAGAGAAUCAAGAUACGCUGGUGGCAUCGCGAUGGACACUGUAAGUUACUUAGAGACUCAAAGUCUUCCCGGACAAGCGGUCAUCGCGACACAGACCGAAAGAGCUGCCGCGACUCAAACGGAACGAUACAUUCGAAGCAGAAGCGACAACGACGAGUCGGACGAGGAUAAACGAAACCGGAAGAAGAUGAAGUCCAAGAAACGCUACGAUGAGGACAAAUUGAAGAGAACGCGGACCUUAUGGAUGAAGUCGCCUAUCGAGGAAGAGGAGAGUCCGUGCUUCGACAAACGAUUGAACAUUUUGAGGAAGAAAGUGAAGGAAGUAAAAGAGGGACGAAAGGUGUCCUUGCAGCCUGGAGUACUGCGGGAAAUAUCGGAUUCUCUCGACGAGAACGGAAGCACUUGUCGCGAAAAAGAAGGAAAGUCGGCGAAAACUUGUCAACAGCCCAUCGAAGAGACUAGCAUCGCAUAUAAAGUGUUGCGCGAAGGUAAAAAUGGCUCCUCUUCGUCUAUAGAGGAAAGACAAGACGAGAAAACUUUCGACGAGAAGAGACCCGAGAGCUUGUCGUCGCCGGAUAUAAGUAUUGAUAAUAGAAAAUAUAUUCACGAAACGAUGGAGAAAAGGAGUUCGAGAAAAGAGAGUAAAAUAAAGAAACAAAAGAAGGUGGAAUCCGUGAUAAAACCUAGUUUUCGGGUUUUAGAAAAAGAAAUCACGAUGUUGACAAAGAGACUGAGUAAACUCGCCGACAAAAAGGUACAGGAAGCCACGGGGGACGAGAGCACGAGUCAGGAAAGGUCGAGAGAUUUCAAGAAAGAGUCAGAUCUACAUACAUCGAAGAAAAUAGAUGACUCAAAGAAACGCAAACAGUCUGAAACUUCUCCAAGUGCAGCAAAAGAGACGAAGACUGAGAAAUUUAAAUAUUAUCAACCGCAGGUUAUAAGUCCCGGCAGUACCGAAUACGAAGAUCCAUUUGAAAAACCGAUGAAAUCGAAAUCGGAAUUUCAAUCGUCAAAAAGUUUUCAAAAAGUUGCAAAGCACAAACAAACAAGUAGCCAUACGAGAGCAAAAAAACAAACGCAGAAAGAACGUAAAAAACAAGUCGCACAACAGGAUCGAGAGCUCGAAAAACGCAAGGAUGCCGCGAGUAAAGAAAGUGGAAGAUCGAGAAUCGAGAAGACUGCUAUUCCAUCGCGUACACAAAAAUUAGCAGCCAUUGGCCGUAAAAAGCAUGUUUCGGAAGAACUCAGCACGAGUACAAGUUCCGAUCGAAUAAACGGUAAAAAGGAUCUAUUCGUCAGUCGAGAUUCUGAGAAGAGAAGCACAGAAUCUUCAGAGAUUUCAUCGCAUUACGCGGAUCAGCGAAAAUCGAAACAGAAAUUAGAUCACGUGAGUGAGAGAUUCUCCGAUGAUUUUGUAUUAGAACCGCAGAAGAAAGAUAUCGAUCGGCAAACCGAAUUUCAGUCAACAAUGGAUAUAAGCACGCAUGAAGAUGUUGCAAGCAAUAAAAAAGACAUCCAAAUAAUGCAAUUUUCAGAUGAUUUUAUAAUAAAACAGAUGGAAGACGGGAAAUAUCAAAUACAAACUGCUAUUGAAAGUGAGAUUGAGCAAAGUGCAUCUCACGAUAUUGGUAAAGAUCAUGUAACGCUGAAAGAAGCCGUUGAAGAUAUCGCAUUUCUUCAAGAUCUAAAAUAUAUGCAACCAGAAAGUGAGAUAAGAUUAGACACUGCAGAGAAACAGCAAUUUCAAGUGUCUAAUACAAAAGAUUUCGAGGACAGCAGAAAAAGGACACCGGAGCCUUUAGAUUCUCCUGUCUUAGAAACUUUAAAGGCGCAUCAAAUAGAGAGACCGUCAUCACAUAUUGAAAGUGAUGUCAAAGAAAAAAAAAUUUACAUAUCUGAAAAACCUGAGGGGAAAACAGAGAAACCUUUACAUGAAAUCGAAAAAGAAAAAGAAAAAGAAAAAGAAAAAAUUACAUUAGGAGAUGUUGUACACGAAUUAAAGGUAUUAAAAGAUGUCGAGAAAAUUAUGAGAAAGGAAGUAGACGUACCGGAGCAAUAUGUAAAAAGUGCAAAAAUAUCGAGUGAUGUACAUCAAAAAAUUACAUUAGGAGAUGUUGUACACGAAUUAAAAGUAUUAAAAGAUGUCGAGAAAAUUAUGAGAAAGGAAAUAGACGUACCGGAGCAAUAUGUAAAAAGUGCAAAAAUAUCGAGUGAUGUAAUGAAGUAUCACGUGGAACAAAUAGAAGAAUACCAGGACGAAUUGUGUAGCGACACUAUCGCAUCAUUAUCGGAGGCAGAAAAAGAUUUAAAAGACAUUAAAGAUGUUACACACUCAUUAUAUCUAAAAGAGAAAAACGAAAUUAUAUAUAAACGUGAAAAUGAUCAAGAAGAGAAAUUAAGUCUUGAGUCUAUGAAAAAACAUAGUGAAGAGGAAAUUUCUUCAACAGAAACUGCAAUAGAUGUUAAACCAAAAAUAAUAAAAGAAUUAGUACAGAAAGAGGACAAAGAAGACUUGCUACAGAAAAUUAAAAGUGAUGAUGAAAUAAAAAUUACAAAAUCAGAUAUCGAUGGGUAUCAAAGUAUUAUUGAAAAACCAGAAGAGAUUUCAAAAGAAUAUGCGACUCAGGAUUCAGAGAAAAUGGAGAAAGACAUAGAAUCAAUCACUGAAACAUAUGAAAAAUUAUCUUCUCAAGAUGAUUCUGCAAAUUUAACUGGCGUUCACCGCGCAUUUUCAAUCGAUGAUCAAUCAUUAAAAUAUAUUGAUGAUACUAGUCAAGAAGAUUUCAGCCCACCUGAAUCUAAUGAAAUAUUAUACAUUAUAAAAGAAGAUACAGACAAAUUGAAGAGCUCUGAUGAGGAUCUCAUUGCAAAGACAGGCAUUGAGAGCCAAAAAAUUGAAGAAGAAUCGCAUAUGGCGUCUCAAGAAAUAUCCGAUUUGCAAGAAACAAAAUUAGACAAAACUAUUGAAGAUGAGAGAGACAAGCCUGUCACAUCAACAAUAUUUACUACUUCUACAGAAAUAAUUAUCGAUAAAGAAGAAUUACAAGUCGAGCUUGCAAAAGAAGAAGAAUUAUUUCUCGAACAUAAAGAAAAAACGGAAGAAACAUUUGUAGUAAAGGAAAAAUCUGAUGAAGAAGUAAAAGAGGUACUUGAUAAAGAACUUCCUGUUGAUCAAUCAAAAGAUACGAAUCUAGAAAAAUCAACUACUAGUGAGUUGGAAAAAUUGGACAAAUCUGCUACAGUUGCUGAAAUUGCAGAUGUUGCAGAAUCACGAGACAAAGGAGAGGACCAUGCAGACGUAAGCGUUCCAAUUUUUAGAAGCUUUAUUGAUGAUACAAUCGAUGUUUCGGAGGAGAGCGACUCAUCCAGUGAUAUUUCCAGGAAAACAACGCUGACUACCAGACCCUAUGAUACUCCGCGCCAUCGGCAGAAAUGGCAGCAACAAGAAAGCAUUGAAAUAGCGGGAAUGCCUGGAAGGACUUUUAAAGAUGGAGAAGAUGCAGGAAUAGAAAUCGAAACAGAAGAGGAAACAGGCAGCAACUUAUCGCUCGAUGAAAUUGAAAAUUUCGAAGACUCGAUCGCGAUCGAAGCAACGAUCAGUGAAUCACAGGAAGAUACAGAGAUCGCUACAUCCGAAAAAAUCUCUUCCGGUGAAUUAAUUUUGUCCGUAGAUGAUUCGGAAAAAAUAAGUAAAGAUAGAGAGGACAGAAAUUUUGAGACAAAAUUUGAAAAAUCAGAAGAUAACAUAAAAUCGGAUAUGAAAGAUUUAUUAACAACAAUCCAAGAUACGGUUCUUUUGACUGUAAGCGUUAAAGACACUAAGGAUGAAAUCGUUCCGAUAACAAAAGAGGACGUGGAAUGUAAAAGUGAGAUUGUUACCCCUCGUAAAAAAAUUGAAGAAGUUUUCGAACCUAUGCAACAAAAUGACAAAAGUAAAAUUAAUUUGCCUUCGAAACAAACUGAGAAAAUAGAUCUUGCAGAAGACAGAAGAAGAACUGAAGAUACCGAAGUAAAUCAAAUGAGAAUAGAAAGUUCCUUGGACAAAGGCAAAACUAAAGACAUCGAAGUAAAUAAAAUAAAAAGUAAAGAUAGUAAAAGUACUUCGGAAAAACAUGCUGGAAAAACGGAACCUUUUGAAAACUCUGCGAAGAAGAAAAAGAAAUCUGAGCGAUCGACGACGCCUUCACCUGGAGAGAGAAAACGCGUUCUUGACGAAAAAUCAAAGGAAAAAGCUACGCCGAGUCAUUCUCAUCAUCGAUCUCGUAAGUCGAUUAGCGGGGAUUCAGAAAAAAAAUUUAGAGACGGUAGAUCGCAGAAACAACCAUCACGAGGCGAAGAGGAGCAUCCGCAAAAACAAGCCUUGCCUAAAUCAAAAUUCAAGAAGGACAAGAAAUCGAUAAUUGUCUCGAAACCUGGUGAGAUCGACACGAGUAAAACGCAAUCAAAGUACAUGGCUUGGUAUAAUAAAAAACGCGAAGAGGCCGAAAAGAAGAGAUCGGAGAAGAAAACGACUGAAGACGAGGAACAGUUACCACGUUGGGUAAGUAGAAGUUUGAAACAAACAGCGAAGCAAAGAGAGAAGCAAAUUAUGGAACACAAGACUCCAGAGGAGACGCCGCAUACGAAACGUAAGGUCAAACCUUUAGUGAACGUCGAGUCCGAGCAAUUGAAGGCUAUCGUGCGCCAAGGACGACGAUUGAGAAAAGCCGAGGGUUAUUUCGAGGAGGAUCCGCCGAUCCAGAUAUUCGCCAGAACACCCCCGAUUUCUACGGACACUCAGCAUCGUUUGGUGCAACACUCGGAAUACAAAUAUGAGAAAAUACCGCCGCCCUUUUACCUUCACCCACCUCCGCCAGCUCCGCAUCCAUCGCCGCAACUGUCCCCGGAGAGAUGUCUCGAAAUACAACCAUCUACGUCGCAGUACGAGCAAUCUGAGACCGAGUUGCGUUCCGAGAGCAUCAUUGCACCGUUUCAAAGCGGUACUCGUUUACGUCAUCAACAACUUCUCGAAAAGAAAAGUGUCUUCGAUAUUGCGUACAGUGAAGCCGCGCCAUCGCAACUCCGAUCCGACAGCGCAACUCCACCGUCUUAAU